UAUACAUAUACACAUCAUACAUACCUAUGUAAUACUGUUGAUACAUAUAACACAUAAUUGUUAGUCCGACUUCGACCUUGUUCGACCUUACGGAUCGUGGCCGGACGUAGGUACUUACAUAUCUACUUACCUACAUACCUAUCUACUUACAUAUCUGAGUUGGCAGAUCUUCCGCCUACCUACCUAACCUACCCUAUUCUUCAUCCCUUUCUUUAAUCGUCCCCCCCCGGAUCUUAUGAGAAAAAUCAAAAACCAAAACCGCAACACGUAGCGUAACAGCAGCAUCAAUUAGGUUUAAUUCUGUGGAGAGACGCCGUUUAAAAAACAUUCGAGAGAGUUCCCAAUUUCUAAUUUCCCCUUCUUGCCAUUUUAUUUUACGUCUCACCUCACCUAAGCUCACCACGAGUCUUAGCAAUAGACUCGCUCGAUUCCUCGAUGUUUACCUAGUUCAAACGUCGAAGAAAAGGCGCCACAUGCUAAGCACGGACGCUGUUUUGUACAUCAGCAACCUUCGAUCGGUAUUGAAAUAUAGACUCGUAUAUUUCGGCCUGCUGCUAUUUCCUCCCUCCGCCCAGCUUACGGUCCUUCCUAGCGGUACAGUACUUCUCUAUAAAGAGCAUCGGGCUUAUCCGGGGCCGCGCGUCUUUACCUUCGCCAUCCCUACCGAAGCUCCGGUAGUUGGCAGUUGAUACAUACGAAUAGGGCUCCUAUCCCCAUCGUAAUUCCAUGGAUUCCUGUUCCUCGGCCUUCAUGCAAGAAGGAUAUCGUCCCAAACCACGCCUCAUCUCUAUUGCUAGCUAGGUACUAUCGUGAGCCAAUAAAUGGGACGACGGGGAAAAGCAGGCAUUAGAGACAUUUAUUAAUAAAGGUAAAUCCUACCUAGAAUAUAGAUACUAUUUAAUAUUUAAGACCUCUAUUCUUAGGCAAAA